CACGGUGCGCCUCAACUAUUAAAAAUCAUUUAACGCAAAACCAUCUGAGAAAUUGUAGAGAAGUUAAAUGGUCUCGAUUCUUCUUACAUCGCGGUACGCCAGUCGCCAAUCUUUAAAUCAGUGAAAGUAAAAUUCGUCUCGCGCAUGCGCCAAACCAGUUCUUCAAUAAAUACGGUGAUAACACGAUAGUGUCGGUUUCUUCAUUAUUCGUGAAAUAUCAUGAGAUGGUGAGAGUUACUUCGUUGGUUUUGUUUAUUGCGUUAUUCGGUGCCAUUUGGUGCGUCUCCGUUAGAGAGAAGCGCCAAAACCAAAAUGGCGAAGAUGCGCCGGAUGAUCCUUCAAUUGACGAUCUUUGUAAGAAUAGACCACCGGAUGAAUACUUCAGAUUGACCAUCGAAGGCGAUUGCAGAGACGUUGUUAGGUGUGAUCAAGCAGGUGAAAAUGGAGUAGUACGAUUGGCUGGGGUUCGAUGCCCCAACGGAUUAGCUUUUGACAUUGAUCGUCAAACGUGUGAUUGGAAAACGCGCGUUAAAAACUGUGACAAACUAGAGAAGCCUCGAAAGAUCAUGCCUAUCUUGAAAACUGAUGAACCAAUUUGCGCGGAAAAACAUUUAGCUUGCGGAAACAGAGAAUGUAUUGCUAAAGAAUUAUUCUGUAACGACAAACCGGAUUGUCAAGAUGAAUCUGAUGAAAACGCCUGCACCGUUGAAUUGGAUCCCAAUCGUGCUCCUGAUUGUGACCCAAGCGAAUGUACUCUGCCAGAUUGUUUCUGUUCGGCUGAUGGCACCAGAAUACCUGGCAAUAUCGAACCAAUUCAAGUUCCUCAAAUGAUAACGAUCACUUUCAACGGAGCCGUAAACGUUGACAAUAUGGAUCUGUACGAGGAAAUUUUCAACGGAGCGCGAAUGAAUCCAAAUGGGUGUCAAAUCAAAGGCACAUUUUUCGUAAAUCAUAAAUACACGAACUACGCCUAUGUUCAAGAACUGCACAGAAAAGGUCACGAAAUCGCCGUCUUCUCAUUGACGCACAAAGACGAUCCGAGAUACUGGACCGGCGGCUCGUACGACGACUGGUUGGCUGAAAUGGCCGGUGCUCGUGUAAUUAUCGAAAGAUUCGCCAAUAUCACCAGCGCAGACAGUCCGAUACAAGGAAUUCGAGCUCCGUACUUACGUGUCGGUGGCAACAAACAAUUCGAAAUGAUGGUCGAUCAAUAUUUCACUUACGACGCUUCGAUUACAGCUCCUCUCGGACGAGUGCCUAUCUGGCCGUACACCUUAUUUUACCGCAUGCCUCACAAGUGUAACGGUAAUGCUCAAAAUUGCCCCAGCAGAAGUCACGCCGUUUGGGAAAUGGUUAUGAACGAAUUAGAUCGUAGAGAUGAUCCGACCUUCGACGAAUCUCUACCAGGUUGUCACAUGGUUGAUUCUUGUUCCAAUAUCCAAACAGGAGAGCAAUUCGGUAGACUGUUGAGGCAUAAUUUCGACAGACAUUACUCCACCAACCGUGCCCCGUUAGGUUUACAUUUCCACGCUUCUUGGCUCAAGAGUAAGAAAGAAUUUAAAGACGAAUUAAUCAAAUUUAUCGAAGAUAUGUUGAAGAAAAAUGACGUCUACUUUGUUAAUUAUUACCAAGUGAUCCAAUGGAUACAAAAUCCAGUAGAACUCAACACAAUAAGAGAAUUCGCUCUGUGGAAAGUUGAUUGUGACGUGAAAGGUCAACCAUUCUGUUCACUACCUAACCCAUGUCCAUUGACGACUCGCGAGCUUCCAGGAGAAACUAUUCGUUUGUUUACUUGUAUGGAAUGUCCUAAUAAUUAUCCCUGGAUCUUAGACCCGACAGGAGAUGGUUUUUCAGGAAAAGAUAGAGAUAGUAAAUAAACUCAUUUGACUACAAAUGUGAUACAUUAGUUUUAAUUUUUUCCCUUUUCUCAAGUAAUUAUUUUACAUUUUUCUACAAUUGUGAAAGAUCCUUUUUAUCAUGAUUCAAAAGUGAUUAUUAAAGUCAAAAAAGAAGAUUUAAAAUCUAAAUCGACAAUCGAGUAUUAUUUAUUGUAUUUUUUUUAAAUAUUGUUUUUUUCAUUUUUUUGAACCUUCGCCACGGUAUUUGUAAGCGUUUGAAAAGUGCUGUAAAUAACUUUUUUUGUAAUUAUUUAUUAUCGUGAAUUUUAUGUGAGAAGUGUUGUUGUAAAUAAAACAAUUUUUAUUAUA